AUGCAGACAUUUGUCCGGAGGUUGCCCAGUUCAUGGCAAUGGGCGUUGUACAGUUCUAGAUCAUCCAGAACUUCUCCACAGUGUUUGGUAUCAUGCUCAGGGAGACGCGCUGCUUCAGCAGCAGCCGCGGUCGCCAAGUCCUCAGAAGUCGAAUAUGAGCCGCCAACUUACCCCACAUAUAACUUAACAGAGAAAGAUGUGCAAAGGCUCAAUUUUCAGAGGAACAUUGGUGUUUCUGCGCACAUUGAUUCCGGCAAGACGACUCUCACAGAACGCGUACUAUUCUAUACUGGUCGGAUUCGGGAAAUUCACGAGGUUCGUGGUCGCGAUGCUGUCGGUGCCAAGAUGGAUAGCAUGGAGCUUGAACGCGAGAAGGGUAUCACUAUUCAAAGUGCUGCUACUUUUUGUGAUUGGGAAGCAACUUCACCUGUGACAAAUGAGAAACAAAAGUAUGCAAUCAAUAUUAUUGAUACCCCAGGUCACGUUGACUUCACUAUAGAAGUUGAGCGCGCCCUCCGUGUCUUGGAUGGUGCCAUUCUGGUUCUCUGUGCUGUCUCUGGUGUACAGAGCCAAACUACUACGGUCGAUCGGCAAAUGAGACGGUAUGGUGUUCCUCGGAUUUCCUUUAUCAACAAGAUGGAUAGGCCUGGCGCCAACCCUUGGCGAGUUAUCAAUCAGAUCCGGUCAAAACUCAAGAUUGCAGCCGCAGCGGUUCAGGUGCCUAUAGGCGUCGAAGACGAGCUGACGGGCGUAGUUGACCUCGUACGAUGGAAGGCUAUUUACAACGAAGGAGAAAAAGGCAUUAACGUCGUGGAGUCUGACGAGAUUCCUGAAUCCGUGCUCGAUCUCGCCAAGGCUAAGCGUACUGAACUGCUCGAAACACUUGCUGAAGUGGACGACGAAAUGGGUGAACUUUUGAUCAUGGACGAGACUCCCACAACUGCCCAGCUUGUUGCAGCUAUUCGUCGCGCCACCGUCGGUCUCAAGUUUUCACCAGUCUUCCUUGGCUCUGCGAUCAAGAACACUGCCGUCCAGCCUAUGCUCGAUGGUGUGUGCGCCUACCUCGCGAACCCGGCUGAAGGAUCCGUGACAGCGCAUGACACAACUCAACCUGCAUCUGCCCCACCUGUGCCGCUUGUUCCCGCUUCAGAUGCGCCUCUCGUCGGCUUGGCUUUCAAACUCGAGGAGGGACGGUUCGGUCAGCUGACAUACAUGCGGGUUUACCAAGGCACACUCAAGAAGGGCGGUAUCAUUUAUAACGCCCGCACUGGCAAGAAGGUUAAGGUCCCUCGGCUUGUUCGUAUGCAUAGUAACGAGAUGGAGGACAUCGAGUCUAUCGGUCCCGGUGAAAUUUGUGCUAUAUUCGGUGUUGAAUGCUCCUCUGGUGACACCUUCACCGAUGGUUCGACCAGCUUCUCCAUGACGUCGAUGUUCGUUCCUGAACCUGUGAUCUCCCUCGCCAUCAAACCUGAAGGAAAAGAGACUCCCAACUUUUCUCGUGCCCUGAACAGAUUCCAGAAGGAAGAUCCAACGUUCAGGGUUCAUCUUGACAAGGAGAGCAAAGAGACAAUCAUUUCUGGCAUGGGCGAACUUCACUUGGAAAUCUAUGUCGAGCGCAUGCGUCGUGAGUACAACGUCGCUUGCACCACUGGCAAACCUCGCGUCGCCUUCCGCGAGACCAUCACACAGCGUGCAGAGUUCAGCUAUACACACAAGAAACAAACUGGUGGAUCAGGGCAGUUCGCACGUGUCAUCGGAUACAUUGAGCCUAUGGAAUUCAGCGAGGACCUUGGCCGUGAUGUUGACUUUGUGAACGUCGUCAUGGGAGGGAACGUCCCCACUAAUUUCAUUCCUGCUGUGGAGAAGGGCUUUUACGAGGCGCUUGAGAAGGGGUCGCUGUCCGGUAACCCGAUCACUGGCUGCUGCUUCGUGCUCAAGGAUGGUGCUUUCCAUGCUGUAGACUCUUCCGAACUUGCUUUCCGAAACGCCACUAUUGGUGCAUUCCGCGAAGCAUAUAAAAACACAAAGCCAGUCAUUCUCGAGCCUAUCAUGAAUGUCGAGGUUGUCGCCCCAUCCGAAUUCCAGAGUGCUGUCAUCGGUGGACUGAAUCAACGGCGAGGUACUAUCAUUGACAGCGAGGUCCGUGAUGAAGAGUUCGUGUGCACUGCAGAAGUCGCUCUGAAUGACAUGUUUGGCUACUCGAGUCAGCUCCGCGGUGGGACGCAGGGCAAGGGCGAGUUUACCAUGGAGUACAAGAACCACAUGCCCGUGCUUCCCAACGUUCAGAAGGAUCUGGAAGAGGCCUACCGCAAGACGAUGCCACAGGCAAAGAAGUAGAUUUCUUACAUUAAUAGACAGCACUGACCUACAUAGAGCUAGUACAAGCCUAGAUCGUGGCUUGUCGAUCUCAAACAACACUAGAGCCUAUAUAAUACACAUCACUCCGAUCUCAUAUCACGCUUUGUCGAUCGAUCAUUCGAAGGCGUAUUGUGUCGAAGCGUAUGCACAGUGCAACCUAAUGACGCGGAAGCGCCAAAAUAACCACUUCGCUGGCUUCCAACUCCAAUAUUUCACAAUCCGCCUUGUCGCCGUUCCCAAUUUGCGUCUCCACGCAAGUGAAGUCCAUUGGCUUCCAGAAAGCUGGUGAGCACGUGUAUUUCAGAACAAGAACCCCGUUACCUUGUACAAAACCGUCAUC